CUGUUGAGGGCGGUCAAAACCAAAAAAAAAACAUCCGUAGGACAUCCAAAUCGGAUAUCGGCUGUCCUGUGUUAUGUGGGUGGCCCUACUGCCUGAAAUUCGCACAACGAGAGAAAUCCGAUCAGAUGGAACUUUUAAAACGAUUCCCAACCUGUUUUAUGAACUUUUCACGCUUCACGUUUUGGCGUAUGGGAAGUCUUUUCCUGUUUCCUACGUGUUGAUGUCCAACAAAACAGCUGAACUCUAUCGUAUGGCUAUCGAUCGCAUACUGCAGAUUCUUCAAGAGGUCAACCCUGGGGAUAACUUUGAAGUAGAAGUAUUAAUUUCCGACUUCGAAUUAACAAUCAUGGGUACGAUGCAACAAGCUUUUCCAAACGCAAGAAGCCGUGGCUGUUGGUUUCACUAUGCGCAGGCUGUUUAUCGUAGAGCCUACAAAGAAGGACUUCAAAGGGCCUAUAGAUCAGGUGGGGUCAUAAGGAGUAUCGUGAAGAAGCUAAUUUUCCUAGCAUUGCUACCUUUGAAUCGAGCCUACGAAGGAUUCCAGAUAAAACAUAGUGAUAUAACUGGGUUUAAUCCAUGGAAAAAAUUGACAUUUUUCUCAUUGCAGAAUAUAAGACACCGCACCGAAAAUGCUCUUCUUGCCGAGAAUCUGCAAUCAAUAGCUGGAGUAGCACGGCUUUUCCAAUAUAUGGGAGGAUAUUGGUUCACAAACCAAGGCCUUGAACGAUUUUGCGUCUCUGGCGACGAUCAUCGAACCAACAAUGAAGUUGAAUCCUUUAAUCGCUGGUUCAACGCACGUUGCGGUCCGCAUCAUCAAAAUUUCUGGUCUUUCAUACAACAUCUUCAAGAAUGUAAUGAAAAUACAGAGAGGGACUUCAUUGCCCUACGGGCAGCGCAGCAGAUUCGUCAGAUCUAGAGGGCCAGGCUGGUAUAGUUGCUGAAGAGCCAGCUCCAGUUCAUCGUCAAGCUGUUCGUAGACGCCGGCUUUCAGCUGAAAAUAUUGAUGAAGUUCCAGCUAUCCCUGCUUUUAUUGCCGUACUCCAGUCGCUCAGGUUUUCAAUUAUUUUCCCUGAAUUACUUUUAUUUAUUCAUCAGUAUGAUCUGUUUUCUUUCCUCAUCUGACCGAUAAAAUUAAAUUCGA